AUGCCAAGCAAGCGCCCAAAGGCUGUCUCGUUACCGAUUCAUGAGAAGCCCCAAGAGGAUGCGCCGAGUGCCCCAAGCGGUGGUGGCAGUGUUGCGACUCAGCGACGGCGCGAACAGAUUCGAACUUCGCAGCGCAAGUUCAGAGAGCGCCAAAGGAAUCGCAUCGACACGCUGCAAACCAGGGUCGUCGGUCUGGAGACGGUUCUUCGCAAUGCCGUCGAGCAGCUCAAAGGCCUACAGGACAACCCUGCGCGCGACCAGGCGUCUCGCACAGUCUCCAUGCUUGUGGACAUGCUCGAGUCCAAGUUGAGGAACGGCGAUGUGCCCUUGAUUUCGACUCCUGCCUACGAGUCUGCAGUAGCUCUGAUCGACGAAGCUCAUCAGCUAGAAGAGCCUGCCUCACCUGCCAGUCACCGGCCAAUAUCAUCACCCAUCCACGAUGCGCUUAUUGAUCGAUUUGUUGACUAUCUCGCUCCUUCAGUCAAUUAUCAGAUGGAACACUACUGGAUAAAUAAUAACCGGCCUCGGCGUUCCUGGCGGACUGGCGCUCUGCUGGCGCCCUCACCACUGCUACAUAACGCGUACUUGGCUGCCGCCACAAGAUUCGCAGGCCAGACCAUGGAUGACUCGCGCCUGAUCCAAGCCGCAGAUACCCUCUACUCUUCUCUCCUGUGCCAGCUCCAAAGGGCAAUUGGGGAUCCCGAGACGAGCAAGUCCGAUGCGGUGCUAAUGGCCACAACAUUGUGCUUGUUGUACGAGGGUCGCCUCCGUCGUGUCUCCCAGAAUGCGCUGGGGACUCAUGUGUUUGGUGCGCUUGCGCUCUUUGCACAACGUGGGCCCAAGAGUUGCGUUUCGGGGAUUGCCCAUGAACUCUACGUUGAGGGCAGAAUUUCAUGGGCGUGGUUCUCCAUAAUGAGACGCUCUCCAACCUUUCUCUCUGACCAGGCUUGGAAAACUAUACCUUGGUCCUCGCAUGCUACUUUCAAGGAUGUCAUGGACUAUCUCCUCGACUGUAUAGUUGACAUUCCGGAGCUAUUGGCAAUGGUGGACCAGUCCAAGUUGGAAAAUUCGCCCUCGAAUUCGCCGUCACACAUGCAAGAGCACAUAAGUUCGACUGCGUACACCAUCAUCCAAAAUUUGCAUUCAUGGGAACAAGUCUGGAUGAAAUACAUCUUGACCAACCGCGUUUCAGAAAUAUGCGUACUGGAGGGUGAACUUCCGACGUUCAAAUACUUGGACCGGUCCACCGGCAGGAUGAUUCAGCCAACCGUCUUUAUGUUUCAAGACGCAAUCUCUUUCCAGGCAUUGUGCCACUACUAUGCAGCACUUCUGGUGGUCUCCAUGGUCGACUACAACUCCCGUAAAGAUGAAUCCACGGGCACGGUCCUCCUGAAUGAUCACUGUUUCGAAAUCGCCUGUCUAUUCUGUCGGUGCAUGCAUUACUUCAUGACCCAUACACCACCAAGCUUGGUUGACAGGGUCAUAAUGCCGUUCAAGACGGUGUACGAAGUCUUGCCCCCAGAUGGGCCCGAACGGCGGUAUUUGGAUCUUGUCUAUAUGAGAAAGAUCAGUCAAGGGUUUGCUGCCUCUUGGCAUGAAUUGAAGCGAAAUAUAGGAGCACUACGUGAGACGGCUUAG